AUGGAUUCUAAUGCUCAACAAGCUUUACCCCAAGCUGUUUUAUCCCCGGUACCUAUUGAUUUACAUUCAAUAUUGAGUAUUUUACUCGUGGCGUUCAUGUGGGGUGCAACAAACCCGUUUAUCAAACGUGGUAGCAGCGGAUACAACGAGCUAAAAGCCGAUAGCAAGCUAGGUCAGAUAUGGCUAGAAGUGCGAUUUCUCUUCUCGCGUUGGCAGUAUGUGCUUCCUCUUAUUAUCAAUCAACUUGGCAGCAUCGUGUAUGUGAUAACGCUGCAAAGGACGGAACUUUCGAUAACAGUACCGAUGGCUAACUCGUUGACGUUUGUUUUUACGGCUAUUACAGCAAGGUUCCUGGGUGAACGGCAAUCCGGUUGGAAAAUUUAUUGUGGAAUGGGCCUUGUUAUUUUGGGAACCAUCAUCUGUGGCAUCGAUAAAGCGCUAUAA